AUGAGUAACACGGGCAUAUUUGCAGAAUUUAUCGGCAGAAAGGUGAACAGAGUGAGAUGGAAGCCAGACGACCUGAUGGCAUCCACAAUGUUUGUCACCGGUUCGUGGGACAACGAAGAUGACAACGUAAUAGAAUUGUGGGGACUGACAUCGGAAGACGAAAAUUCUGCCAAAGAUUUCCCUCCAAAACUUUUGGAUUCUGUACAACAAAACGGAAAUGUUACACAAAUUAGAUUUUUAGAUAACAAAUUUGUAGCUGUUAGUACAGAAAAUGGAUCAGUUAAAGUAUAUCGCGUCAUUGGUGAGAAUGAAGACUCUAACAUUCAUCUUGAAGAAGUCAUGGCUUGGGACAAUCUACAUUCAUUGGGUAAAGGGCGGAGAUGCUCUUGCAAGGAUCUUGCUGUAUGCAACUUUUCAUUAGCAACCAUUGGUGAUGAUUAUAAACUUAAUGUUAUAUCAUUGAACACUAAACAAAUUCAUCAAGUUCUAGAAGGAAUAAGUAGCUCACCUUUAACAUGCAUUUGUUUCUUAACUGAUACUGAAGUUCUCUGCUGCAAUGCAUUAAGUCAAAUGAAACUUUGGGAUUUACGAGUUGCUAAAAGUAGUAUAACGGCCAAUAUCAAUAAUUUCACUCAGACGCAAGUGCCAAUAACAUGUGUUGCUCAACACCCUAGUCAAAAACAUUUCAUUUUUACCGGUUCUGAAGAAGGAGAUGUUGGUGUUUGGGACAUGAGAACCAAUAGCUUAUUAACAACUAUGAAUAGUGGUGACACAUCAUCACUUACCGAAAUAGCAUUUCACCCUUUAGAACCAGACCAUUUAUUUACAUGUUCAUUCGGAGGAAGAUUACUACAAUGGAGUUCUAAAAAAUCAUAUAUGUGUCAUGUUGACCCAGGAGAUCUGGAAUAUUCAAAUUUUUGGGUGAACACGGACAAGGUAAAAACACGAUUAUCAAUCAACGAUGUAAUACAACCGAUUUAUAUGCCAAUCAACUCAUUGGAUAUUCAAAAACAACAACUUAUUUGUGGUGCUGACAAUGAAGCAAUUUACUUUCAACGUAAUCUUAAACUUUAA